UAGUCCACCUCUGUUCCGGUUUCAAUUCCUCUCUCUCUCCUCCGCUUUCGUCUCUCUCUCUCUCUCUCUCUACAUCUAAUCCACCAUUCCAAGAAUCCAACUUUCACUUUAGGGUUUUGAAAUCCCAGCUACAAGGCACGCGCUGCUGAGCCUGAUCGCUGUUUUGAAAUCCUCCAUUUUCACGGCUGGAGAGAAACUUUGAGGAGCUCCUCUUGCACCGUAAUUAUGUACGGUUUAAGCACCAAAUUUGGCUUAAUUACAGUGAACAGGAAUGAUAUGCUAAGAUAUGGCACUUAAAGUUCCCGCUCAUAUAGCUGCUGAGAUUGCAAUUGGUUCCAUCGGUCGUGGUUAUGAUAUAUCCACUGAUAUAAGGCUUAAAUAUUGUAAAGGAGAUUCCGUAAAUUCGCGUUUGAUUGAGAUAGAUGAAAAUUAUGUCAGAGAGGUGGUACUACCCGGUGGAGUUUCAAUACCAAAUGUUUCCAAAUCAAUUAAAUGUGAUAAAGGGGAACGCACGCGGUUCAGGUCGGAUGUUCUGUCUUUUCAACAGAUGUCGGAGCAAUUCAAUCAGGACUUAUCUUUGACUGGCAAAAUUCCAUCAGGGCUUUUCAAUACAAUGUUUGAAUUUUCUGGUAGUUGGCAGAGAGAUGCAGCCCUUACGAAGUCCCUUGCUUUUGAUGGGGUGUUAAUUACACUCUAUACUGUUGCAUUGGAGAAGUCUCAAAUGGUCCUCUGUGACCACGUUAAGAAAGCUGUGCCGUCAUCGUGGGACCCACCUGCUUUAGCAAGGUUUAUUGAUACCUUUGGCACUCAUAUAAUUGUUGGUAUGAAAAUGGGGGGAAAAGAUGUAAUAUAUUUGAAGCAGCAACACUCAUCAACUCUUCAACCUGCUGAUGUUCAGAAAAAAUUGAAAGAGAUGGCGGAUAGGAGGUUUCUAGAUGCCAAUAGCCACUAUACCAUUGCUUCUGAUCAAGUUUUCCCAAAUGACAAGUUUGGAAUCAGGGAGCAGAGGCUAACAUUUGCUAAUAUUAGUCCAUCGAGUUCUUAUUCACAUAAGGAGGAUAUUGUAAGCAUUUGCAAGAGGAGGGGUGGGAGUGAUGACAGAAACCUGUUCCACAACGAGUGGUUACAAACUGUUCAGCAUGAGCCAGAUGUGAUCUCAAUGUCGUUCAUUCCAAUUACAUCUCUAUUGAAUGGAGUGCCAGGGAGUGGAUUCUUGAGCCAUGCCAUAAACCUUUAUUUACGAUAUAAACCACCGAUUCAAGAGCUCCACCAAUUCUUGGAAUUCCAACUGCCAAGGCAGUGGGCGCCUGUAUUCAGUGAUCUUCCACUUGGUCCGCAACGGAAGCAACGGAGUUCUGCUUCUUUACAGUUUAGCUUCAUGGGUCCAAAGCUCUAUGUUAACACCACACAGGUUGAUGUAGGUAAGAGGCCAGUAACUGGUCUCCGUCUGUAUCUUGAAGGUAAGAAAAGCAAUCGGUUGGCCAUCCAUUUGCAACACCUUUCAUCACUUCCUAAAAUCUUCCAGCUUGAAGAUGAUCCAAAUGAUAACUUUGAGCGGAAGUCUUACGACAGGAGAUUCUACGAGAAGGUUCAAUGGAAGAAUUUCUCUCACGUGUGCACAGCUCCUGUGGAAUCUGAGGAGGAUCUUUCAAUAGUAACCGGAGCACAGUUGCAAGUUGAGAAUUACGGCAUAAAAAAUAUACUGUUCUUAAGACUUAGAUUCUCAACUGUGUUGGGAGCGAAAGCAGUAAAGCAUCCGGAGUGGGAGGGAUCGCCCAAGUUGGGAGCCAAGUCAGGGCUGAUAUCCACUUUAAUCAGCCAACACUUCACAUCAACAUUUCAGAAGCCUCCACCGCGGCCGGCGGAUGUUAAUAUAAACUCUGCGGUGUAUCCAGGCGGCCCUCCGGUUCCUGUGCAAGCUCUGAAGCUUCUGAAAUUUGUAGACACAAGUGAGAUGAGCAGAGGACCACAAGAGUCUCCUGGGUAUUGGGUUGUGUCUGGAGCAAAGCUUGUUGUUGAUAAGGGCAGAAUUUCUCUCCGUGUUAAGUAUUCUUUGUUGACCAUGAUAUUACCAGAUGAAGACAUGUUGGAUGACCUUUAGUUAUGACCAUUCUUCUGCAAGUGUUCAUUCUUAAGGCUAUGACCAAGAAAAAAUGCUCUGGUUUUGCUAUGCUUCUUGCAAAGAUAGAUAUAGUUGCAGUAGCUUUCCCCUCCUACUGGAGUUCCACUUGUAAUGUAAACUUCUAUAGUUUAACACCAUGACUUUUUACAAUUACAAUUACAAUUACAAAUCAAUUCCACUCUUAGAUUUUAUGGUGUAACAGUAAUAUAUACAUAUCAAUUUAAUACGCUGAGAAAUCAUGUCAUCUUUUAGUAUUCUUUUAGUA